AUGCCAACGAACCAUCUGGAGGUGGUUCUUAUGGUGGUCGAGGACGCGGUCGCGGCGGGGCCCGAGGCCGGCGCCCGCUCAAUGCAAACCUCAAUUACAUGCCGCGCGAGGCUGGCACAAGUGCGUGCCGAGGACGUACUGGACGAGCAGCUGGGCUUCCCUCUCUUCACCACCGGCGAUGACCGACUGGGAUGGCUCAUGAAUAUCCAGUCGUCCCACAUGUCCGAUAAGGACUCCGGGCGUGUGGUGGCGUCCGUGGACUGCUAUUUCAUGUGCCAGGACGGUGCCAUGUUCAAGGCACGACUGGCCUUCCCACCAUACUUUUACAUCGGGGUGCAGGAUGGUCGUGAGAUGGAGGCUGAGAACUACCUCCGUCGCAAGUGCGAGGGGGCAGUUCGGAGUGUGGACGUGGUGGAGAAGGAGGACCUGGACCUGAAAAACCACCUUUCCGGCUUGAAACGGCGGUUGCUGCGCGUGAGCACUUUUACGGUUCAGCAGCUGGUGGAGGUUCGGAAGGAGGUGGCGCCGCUGGUGGCUGCGAAUGCCCAGAAGGCGGCCACCACCAGCGCCUACAGCGUGGAGGGGCUGCAGGGCCAGCAGGGCCUCGGAGGGCUGGGGCUGGGAGGAGGUGGGAUGGGGGAGCAGGACGGCGGGGCAGCAGCGGCGGCGGGUGGGGGCCCCGCGGCCGGCAAGAUGAAGGACAUUCGGGAGGCCUUUUUGGAGCUCCGCGAGUACGACGUACCGUACCACGUGCGCUUCGCCAUUGACACGGACGUGCGUGUGGGUCACUGGUACACGCGCGCCGAGCCGCGGAUUUGCGCCUUUGACAUUGAGACCACCAAAUUGCCAUUGCAAUUCCCCAAUGCGGAGUACGACCAGGUGUUCAUGAUAUCCUACAUGCUGGACCGUCAGGGCUACCUGAUUGUGAACCGUGAGGUGGUGGGCGCGGACAUCUCGGACUUUGAGUACACCCCCAAACCGGAGUUUGAGGGGCCCUUCAAGGUGACCAACGCGCCCGACGAGCGCGCACUGCUGGUCCACUUUUUCGAGCACAUGCGCUCCGUAAAGCCCGCCAUCUACGUCACCUACAACGGCGAUUUCUUCGACUUUCCCUUCAUCGAGGCGCGCAAGGAGUGUCUCUCCCGCCACGCGGUUCACAUGGACUGCAUGCACUGGGUGGAUCGAGACUCGUACCUGCCUCAGGGCAGUAGGGGCCUCAAGGCGGUCACUAAGGCCAAGUUGGGCUACGACCCCGUGGAGGUUGCCCCCGAGGACAUGGUACGACUAGCCAGGGAGACACCGCAGGCCAUGGCCAGCUACUCCGUAUCCGACGCCGUGUCCACCUACUAUCUAUACAUGACGUACGUGCACCCCUUCAUCUUCUCCCUGGCCACCAUCAUCCCGCUGCCCCCCGAUGAGGUGCUGAGGAAGGGCAGUGGCACCUUGUGCGAGCAGCUGCUGAUGGUGGAGGCUUACCGAGCCAACAUCGCCUGCCCUAACAAGCACGUGGGUGACAAGGAGGCCUUAUACCGGGGCCAUCUGCUGGAGAGUGAGACAUACAUCGGGGGCAAGGUGGAGGCGCUGGAGAGCGGAGUGUUCAGGUCGGACCUGCCACUCAAGUUUAAGUGCAGCGCGGCGGCGUACCAGAUGCUCCUGGACCAGCUGGAUAAGGACCUGUCGUACGCUCUGUGCCACGAGGCGAAAUGGAAGGGUGGCUCCGACGACUGCAUCAAUUACGAAAAAAUACGGGCUGACAUUGCUGCCAAGCUGGAGGCGCUGAGAGACGAACCCAACCGUGUCGAGAACCCCCUCAUCUACCACCUGGACGUGGCGGCUAUGUACCCAAACAUCAUCCUCACCAACCGCCUGCAGCCGUCGGCUAUCGUGACGGAGGAGGACUGCGCCGCGUGCGACUUCAACGCGCCCAACAAGACGUGUCUUCGGCAAAUGGAGUGGGAGUGGCGAGGGGAGCACUACGCCGCCAGCCGCUCGGAGUACCUGCAAAUCAAGGCCCAGCUGGCGGCGGAGACCUUCCCACCCGCCGCGGGAGCGGCCAUUGCUGCCGCCGCCGCCAACGGUGGUGGCGGCGGCGGUGGUCCCCCUCAGAGUCGUACGUGGGGGGAGCUGUCGCUCGAGGAGCAGCGCAAGAUGCUGCAGGACCGGCUGAAGAAGUACUGCCAGAAGGUGUAUAAGCGAGUUCUCGACAAGCCGAUCACGGAGAAGCGUGUGGCGGGGAUAUGCCAGCGGGAGAACUCGUUCUACAUUGACACGGUGCGCGCCUUCAGGGACCGCCGCUACGAGUACAAGGGGCUGGGCAAGCUUGAUUCAGGCCCUAUGCAGAACUAUACCUCCGCCACUGCUCUGCGGCAGUGUAUAGAUCUUCAUGGGAGAGGGGAGGUUUGGAAGGGCAAAUUGGAGGAGGCCAAGGCGGGCGGUAACCCCAUCCGCAUCCAGGAGGCUGCCGACAUGUGCGUCCUGUAUGAGAGUUUGCAGCUCGCGCACAAGUGCAUCCUCAACUCCUUUUACGGUUACGUGAUGCGCAAAGGGGCCCGAUGGUACAGCAUGGAAAUGGCGGGUGUGGUGACGUACACCGGCGCGCGCAUCAUUGAGCGCGCUAAUAAGCUGGUAUUGCAGCUGGGUCGUACAUUGGAGCUGGACACGGACGGCAUCUGGUGCGCACUGCCGGGGAGCUUCCCGGAGAAUUUCAAAUUCAAAAACAAGAACGGCAAGGAAUUCAAGUUGUCAUACCCGUGCUGCGUCCUGAACGCCAUGGUGGCCCAGCACAACACCAACGACCAGUACCAGACACUUGUACGACCUGCUCCAGGGGAGCCUCCCCGGGCCGGGCCCCCCCGCUACGUCACCAGCAACGAAAUGAGCAUCGAGUUCGAGGUGGACGGACCUUACAGGGCCAUGAUCCUGCCUGCCAGCAAGGAGGAGGGUAAGUCCAUCAAGAAGCGGUACGCCGUGUUCAACCAUGACGGCACGCUGGCGGAGCUGAAGGGGUUCGAGGUGAAGCGGAGGGGGGAGCUGAAGCUGAUCAAGGUGUUCCAGGCAGAGGUGUUUGAGCAGUUCCUGUCCGGGGGCACUCUGGAGGAGUGCUAUUCGGCGGUGGCCGCAGUGGCCAACAGGUGGCUGGAUCUAUUAGACACGCGGGGCGCGGACCUCAAUGACGAUGAGCUGCUGGACCAUAUCAGUGAGGCCACCACCAUGACGAAGGCGCUGGCGGAGUAUGAGGGCCGCAAGUCCUGCGCCAUCAGCACCGCCAACCGCCUGGCCGCCUUCCUGGGCGACGAGCGCAUCAAGGACAAGGGCCUCAACUGUACCUACGUCAUCGCCAAGCACCCAGCCAGCCAGCCCACCAGCGAGAGGGCCAUUCCGGUGUCCAUAUUCUCCGCGGAGCCGGCGGUGGCGAGGGCUUGGCUGCGGAGAUGGUGUGGCGGGGACGUAGGCGCCGGUGCGCAUAGCGUCAUCCCCGACGUGCGCGACAUCGUGGACUGGGACUACUACCGGGAGCGGCUGGGCAGUGCCAUUCAGAAGAUCAUCACCAUCCCGGCAGCGCUCCAGGGGCUGCCCAAUCCGGUACCGCGAGUCAAGCACCCGGACUGGCUGCACAAGAAGAUUCGCGAGCGCACCGACAAGUGCCAGCAGCUGCGGCUGGACGACCUGCUCACCCGCAUGCGCAAAAAUAACAACAACACAAGUAAGGACAGUAAUAAGGCCCAACACCACCAGCUCCAGGAACCGGGGGUUGGAGGCGAGCAGGAGGAGGAGGACGAGGACAUGGCUGAUGGCGCGGCUUUGGAUGAUUUCGGGGACCUAGAGGAUAUGGUUGUUGGAGGUCCCGGGCUCGCCGCCGCCGCCGCCGCCAGAAAGGUCCUCACAGGCGCUGCUGCCGCUGCCACUGGCGGAGGCGGAGGUGGCACAGGCGGAGGCGGCAGCGAUGUCCCGCGGGAGGUGGUGGCUCGGGCGCGUGUGGCUGUGGGCAGUGGUCGCCGGCGGCGGCAGCAGCAGCAGCAGCAGCAUGAGGAUGGGGAGGGCGACGGAGGAGGAGGCGGAGUAGGGGGAGCGGUUGCGGGUCUGCAGGCGGCGGCGAUAGAGUCCGAGGCCGGGGAGGGGUCGGGGAAGGAGAACUCACCGGGCGCGGCGAACCGUGUGAGUAACCGUGUGAGUAACCGUGCAGCGGCAGCAGCAGCAGCCGACGGCGGCCCAGGAGCUACUGCUGCUGGUGGGGGUGGGGUUGCUCCCGUUGUGUCCAUUUCGAAGGACUACGCCGGCUGGGUGGCCGCUCAGAAGCCGCGAUGGAGGGCCGUACGGCUGGAGAACAAGCGGAGGAAGGCGGAGGCAGUGAAGGCGGCGGAGGCGGCAAGGCGGGUGGGAGCCGCCGCUGCUGCCGCCGCCGCCGCCGCCGCCGCCGGCGGUGUCGGUAAUAAUGCGUUGAGUAUGCGGUCGCUGCUGGCGAACCAGGCGGCGGCGGUGACGGCGGUGCCUUGGCAGGUGUUGCAUUUGGCGGAGACCUCGACGCCGGGACAGCUCAAAGUCUGGUUCCUGGCUGGCGGCAAGAUGCACUGGGUGUCGCUGCAGGUUCCUCGCAGCUUCCUGGUGGACUCCCUGUUGGGGGAGCCCCUGGAGCUGGCUGGCAGCCUGACGGCGGCGGCGGCGGGACCAGCAGCGGCCCCCGGAGGUGGUGGCGGUGGUGGUUCACUGCAGCAAUUGCAGUUGGAGGUGACGAGGGCGAACUCGGUGACGUUGCCCGGGGGCCGGAGACCCGCGUACCUGUACAGGGUGACGCUCCCCGAGCACCAGUACCGCUCCUCUGCCACCCGCCUGGCCGCCGCCCUGUCUGCCAGCCACGUCCGGGGUGUGUACGAGGACCGGCUCCCGGUGACCCUUCCCGCCGUACUGGCGCUGGGCUGUGUGGUCAGUGUGGUGCCUGAGGCCCGGAACAGACCCAUUGGGGGGUUGUGGAGGCUGCAGGAUCUCAAGAUGCGCACUAGCGGGGAGGUCGGCUACCUGGACAGAGACUACUCCGAGGCGGGACACCAAGGACACCAGGGCGGUACGCUGGCGCUGCCGCUGUGUGGCAUUCGCCAUGUCAUAUUGUACUGCAGUAUGGACACGUCGAGUCGUGGUGUGUUUGCAAUGACUCUCCCCGCUCAGGAGAAGGGGGUGGUGGUGGUGAUGCAGCCCUCGACAGCCGCCGCGAAGGAGGUGUCGGGGGUGCUGCUGGAGAGGCUGUGGCGGGAGGCACGGACGCAGGCUGCGCAGGAGGGCGGCCCGCAGGAGCCGGAGCGGCUGACGUGGGAGGUGUCGUACGAGCGGGAUGCACUGGACGCCAGCCGCGCGCUGCAGCGGGCCUUGCUGGCGUACAGGUCGGCAGUUCGGCUGCCCACCGUGGUGGUGGUGCAGGGACCUCUCCCUGCAGCUCGGCUGCAACGGGACAUGACAGUGCUGCACGACUUCCCCUGCCUGGACAUGCCCUGCCACGCGGAUGACAGCAGGUACCCCCCAUUGCAAUGGCAGCAGCGGGCGGUUCGCCGCGCUCUGUACCGGUGCGCGGGUGCGGGGCUAUGGCUGGCGGAGCGAGCUGCGCUGUGCAGGUACGCACACGCACCCCUGGCGAAUUUGGAUCCCGCGGGGGGGGCCGCGGCGGCAGCCGCUGGCACCGCCGGCGGGGGCGGCGGCGGCAGUGCGGCAGCCGGCGGCGGCGGCGGCGGCGGCGAGGCAGCCGGUGGUGGCAUUGGCUCAGUGGCCGACUUGCUGAUGGCGAGGCGGUUGUGGGAGGCGGGUCUGACUUUGCCCGUGGUGGACCCCGCACUACCGGAUUUGGGAGGCUCCGAAACCGCGGAGGGUGAUCCCCACGAAGAUACGGGAGCUGCAGAGGCCGUCAGCGCCGCCACCCGGCCCCGCAGUGAGCUGUCGUACCCGGGUGUGUAUCGCUCCGUGUGCGUUACGUUGCGGCUGCAUCAUCUGGCGGUGGCGGCGGUGGAGUCCGCGGACCUGCUGGCGGAGCUGGAGGGCGCGGCGUCGGGAGCCGCUGCCGCCGCAGCGGUGGCGGGUGGCGGCGGCGGCGGCGGUUUUGGCGGGAGCAACGGCGCGGCGGGGUUCAAGGUGUUGCGUGCGCUGCAGGCCUCGUGGAUUCGGGACGCAACUGUCAACCGAAACAUGAUAGCGGACAGUCUUCUUCAGAACUCGUACCGCUGGCUGUCGAACCCCUCCUCCCCCCUGCACGACCCCGGCCUGCACCGGGCGCUGUUGCAGCUGCAGCACAAGCUGUUUCUGCAGCUGUGCUCGGAGAUGCGGCGACUGGGGGCGGUCAUAGUGGCGGCCAACACAAACUCCAUCACGCUGUGCACGGGCAAGCGGAACGUGCGAGCGGCGGCGGGAUACACCCGGUUUCUCCUGGAGGCCAUGCGGGGCAGGGAGCUGUUCCGCUGGCUGGAGCUCGUCCCAGCCGCGUGGUCCCUGUCCUACAUGUACCGCGAUCCGUACAACUGGGCUGGGCUAGAGAGCAGUGUGGCGGGAACGGAGUGGCGGGCGCUGGAGGCGGGUGGUGGUACGGCUGCGGGCGGUCCGGGGGAGGUGCACGACGGCGAGGACGACCUGGGGGGCCCAACUGCCGCUGCUGCUGCUGCUGCGGACGAGGAGCCCGUAGUCAAGUUCGUGUGGAACCUAAAGGAGAACCUGCCCGCCGCCGUACAGCAAGAUCUCGUACUGCUGCUCACUGAGUUUUUGUACCUUCCCUGGAAGGAGGCGCGGAAGGCGGCUCGAGUGGCGGCGGCCGAGGUCGCCGGGGGUGACGGCGGCGGCGGCAGUCAGGGCGGCCUCCCCUUGAGCCAGGGGGGCGGCACUCAGGCGGCUAUUGCGGCCACGAGGGCCGAGGAAGUGCAGUCGUCCUUCCUGAAGGCCCUGGUUGCGGAGGUGUUCACGGACCGGCUGCUGACCCGGGUGGCUGCGUGGAAGGUGAUCACUCCCGGCUGCUCCCCCGAGUGGAGCUUCCCGCAGCUGGCGGGGUCGUACCUGUCCAGGGAGGAGUUGGGUCACCCCGCGCUGGCUUUUGUCCGCGUGGCCUCUCACCUGCUGGCUCUGGACGGGCGGGUUUCGGAGCAAGUGGCCCUCCUGCGGCGGCAGCUGCUCAAGCUGCUACACGUGAGCGAGUUCGGAGCUGAUGCGGAGUUCCGGGAGAUGUGCCUGCCGUUUGCACUGCCGGACGUCAUAUGCAGCUUCUGUAAUGACUGUCGAGAUCUGGACCUCACUCGGGACGAGGCCCUCGCCCAGCACGACUGGCGCUGCCGCUCCUGCCGACAGCCCCUGGACACCGCCGCCCUGGAGCGGCGGCUAGUGGCGGCGCUGCGGGCUGAGGCCGCCGCCUACCAGACUCAGGACCUGUCAUGUGUCAAGUGCAAGCAGGUCACGUCGGGGCAUUUACGGGCGCUGUGUGGGCUGUGUGGCGGGGGGUUGACGGUUACUCGGCGUCCGGAGGCGGCGGCGCGGCGGUUGGUGGUUUACCGGAACCUGGCACGGUUCCACGGGUUUCGGGUGUUGGCGGAGAUGGCAGGGUGGUUGUUGGGGGAGGCGCCGGAGGGGGGGGAGGGAGAGGGGGAGGCAGGAGGGGGAGGGUGGUGA